AUGGCCAAGAUGGCUCUCGGCUCCGGCCGUGAGUUCGCCCAGCCCGACUGCAUCCGAGCUCUCGUCAUGGAGUUCAUCGUCACCUUCCUGUUCGUCUUCGCGGGUGUCGGCUCCGCCAUGGCCACCGAGAAGCUGAAGGGAGAUUCACUGGACUCCCUGUUUUUUGUGGCGAUGGCACAUGCGCUGGUGGUGGCGGUCAUGGUAUCGGCGGCGCUGCAGAUCUCCGGUGGCCACCUGAACCCGGCGGUGACUCUUGGUCUCUGCGUGGGUGGUCACAUCACCGUUGUGAGAUCCGUCCUGUACUUCAUCGAUCAGUGUUUGGCUUCUACUGUAGCCUGUAUUCUCCUCAAGUUUCUCACUGGUGGACGGGCAACUCCAGUGCACACACUGGCGAGUGGAGUGGGGUGUCUACAAGGGGUAAUGCUAGAAUUUAUCCUCACGUUCUCGUUGUUGUUCACAGUCUAUGCCAAUAUAGUAUCAGCACAGAAGUCUGCCCACAUUGAUGGGCUGGGCCCAAUGAUAACUGGGCUUGUGGUGGGGGCCAACGUCAUGGCUGGUGGGGCCUUUUCCGGGGCUUCCAUGAACCCGGCCCGGUCCUUCGGGCCGGCUUUGGUGAGCUGGGACUGGACAAACCACUGGGUGUACUGGGUUGGGCCACUGGUAGGUGGUGCGGUGGCUGGAUUUGUGUAUGAGAACUUUUUCAUUAACAGACCCCAUCUUCGUCUCCCAACAAGAGACGAAGAAGAAGAAGAAGGCUUCUAA